AUGGAAGUUGGUGUUUGCUGCAUCUUUGUCUUGGAUAUGCCCAUCUUCGCCGUCACCUACGGCUCCUUUGGAGAUAUUGCUCAAUGCGUCCAGCUGCUCUGGAAAAUCGGCACGGAGCUCUGUGACGCGACAGGUUCGUCUAGCGAGUAUCAGGCACUUAAGGGCGAGCUCGUUCAGACAGUCCAACUUCUUCAUGAGAUACAGGUCCUCAAGAUGGGCCCACAAACCUCGCACGAGACACAAGUUUACCUAACCCGUCUCCUUGAGCAGGCCGCGGACUGCCACCGAGCCAUCGUUGCCUUUCUCAAUAAGAGAAAUAAGCCAAAAGGAUUCUGGCAGACGGUGUCAUGGCACACUUUGGGUACUAGCGAGGCUAAGGAGCUGCAAGGGCUACUCGCACGAAGAUGUGCCCAGCUAACAAUUCUCCUCCAGAUGUAUAAUGCGAGCCACCAAGAGGACAGAGCGAAAUACGAGCAAGCUCGCCUCGAUGGAUCGACGCAAAAGCUUUGUAGUCAGAUACAGGACAUGGGAGCCGAUGUUUCCAAAGACGUUGCUCUUGUUGGUCAACAGCUAGCACGUUUCGACAUGGAGAUCAGAGAGAGGCUCACAGUCCUGGACAACAACAUCAAGGAAACGGUCAAGGUCGAACCUAGCAUCAUUCUGAUCGAUCCUCUCAACCAGACCUUCCCUAUAUCUAUUUUAUAUUGCUCCAGUUAUGAAAUGAUGAAGAAAUUUAUCUUUUUCCUCGCGACAAACUACGGCCUAGCUGGAAGAUCUUUCGUUGAAGAUGGCCAAUUUGAGUUAAUCAAUAGCAAGGAGCGCCGAGACCAUUGA